CGACCCCAAAACCUGGUUCGACCCCAUGAUCCUGAUCCUUGUUGACCCGGUUGUUUUUCCAUAUGCUUUGAUCUUUGUUAAGAUUUAUUGGCUGAAGGGUAAAUUUGGUGCCAAGUGUUGUUUCUUUAUGAUAUUUUUGUUUGCCAGUUAUGGUGAUCUACAUUCUUCUGGAGGAGAACUUGAUUAGGAGCGAAACCGUCACUUCGGUGUUUGGAGUCGGCUUUCAAUCUUAUUAGACUUCUCGUUCUGGAUCAUGUUGUUUAGUGCUCAUAGCUUAUUUGUGUAUGAAUUUUGAGAGAUUAGCUGUCAAUUUCAAAUCAUUAGUGUUUAGUCGGUUAUGUUUCUGCGUUUUUGAGCUUUGAUUUUGGAGAUGUUAGGUUGUAUCGUGGAGAGAUUUCGGAAUUGAAUGUUUUUAGGUACGUUGUUUAGCCAUUGGAAAUUUUAGAGGUGAAGUGUAUUGUUAAGUUAUCAUUGGAUUUUAGAGGAUUAGGAGGCAUAGAUGUCGUUUAAGAGCAUUAUCCAUGACAUGAAGGGAGAGUUGGGGAGUAUAUCGAGAAAAGGGUUUGAUGGGAAGUUUGGGUAUGGCAUGAGAUCGAGGUCACACAGGGUAGUUCAGGAUAGCUCAGUUCCAGUUGAUGUGUUUGGGCAGAGCUGUUGGGCAAAUAUGCCGCCUGAGCUUUUGAGGGAUGUGUUGAUGAGAAUAGAGGCAUCGGAGAGUACUUGGCCUCCACGGAAGAAUGUGGUUGUUUGUGCUGGUGUAUGUAGGAAUUGGAGAGAGAUUAUGAAGGAAAUUGUGAAACCCCCAGAAAUUUCUUGCAAGUUGACAUUCCCAAUCUCAUUGAAGCAGCCUGGUCCAAGGAACUCCCUUCUUCAGUGUUACAUAAAGCGUAACCGUAGCAACCAAACAUAUUAUCUUUACCUUUGUUUGAAUCAAGCUUCAAAUGAUGAUGGAAAGUUCCUCCUCGCUGCAAGGAAGUGCCGCCGUCCUACCUGCACAGAUUAUAUCAUCUCAUUAAAUGGCAAUGAUGUGUUGAAAGGAAGCAGUACCUACAUUGGAAAGUUGAGAUCAAACUUUUUACGGACCAAAUUCACAGUAUAUGAUGCACAGCCUCCAAAUGCUGGAGCCAAGGUUACUAAAAGUUCCUCCACCAUGCUAAUUAAUAUGACGCAAGUUUCUCCACGUGUCCCAGCUGGCAACUAUCCUGUAGCUCACAUCUCUUAUGAGUUGAAUGUCUUGGGUUCUAGAGGACCACGGAGAAUGCAGUGUGUCAUGGAUGCCAUCCCAGCCUCUUCUAUUGAGCCCGGAGGUGUUGCUCCCACACAGACUGAAUUCCUACACAGUAAUCUGGAUACUUUCCCAUCACUGCUGUUCUUUAGAUCAAAAUCAACCCGUUCAGAGAGUUUCCGAUCCGAACCUUUGUCUGAGCAGAAAGAUGAAAUGCUGGUAUUGAGGAACAAGUCACCCAGGUGGCACGGACAACUCCAGUGCUGGUGCCUGAACUUUAAUGGACGGGUGACAGUUGCUUCAGUCAAAAAUUUUCAACUGGCUGCAUCUCCAUUAAAUGGAGUUGGUGGGCAGGAGCAUGAGAAUGUCAUACUGCAGUUUGGGAAAGUGGGGAAGGAUGUAUUCACUAUGGAUUAUCAGUAUCCAAUCUCAGCUUUUCAGGCAUUUGUUAUCUGCCUUAGUAGCUUUGACACUAAGAUUGCUUGUGAGUGAUAUGCGAACAGGUAUUGUUAGACGCAAAAUAGUUUGGUCUUGCUAUGGACUUGGCAUGUUCUGCUAUGAAGUUUCUUGCUACUUCAAUGCUUUCCGGUUUCAAUAUGAGCAGUUAGGAUUUAACUUCUUUUUUCAUUUUAGUUAUUUUCUGUACAUAUAACUGUUUGUAUUGAGAGCGAGGCAUGACCAAUCGACCACCAUGUUGGUUGUGUGCUUUGUUAACAUGACUGUUUCUUUGAUUGUUGAGCAAAAAGAAGCAGGAAAACUGUGAAUGGUUUUG